AUAACCAAAUGGGAAAUUGCUCGUUGCGGCCGCCGGUGAGUUGGGCCGACGAUGAACUCGACGAAGACGGCCUCGAUGAUGAUGAUGAUGACUCGGACGAUCGAAAAGGCGAAAAGUCUCCGGCGAGAAUGGCCGCUUCGGGCACGAAGGUGAGGAUCAGAAUCAACAAGAAACAGCUGCAGGAGCUGCUGAGCAGGGCUCAGAUGAAGAGAAUAUCGAUUCUGGAUUUGAUGAGGAUAGGUGAAGUGAGUUUUGGUGAGAUUCAAAUGCAGUAUUGGAGGCCUGCACUUCAGAGCAUACCAGAGGAAUAUGAUCAAUCGUUAUGAUUAUAAUUUUGCAUGUAAUUUUUUUUUUUUCUUAAAUAUGUAAAUCAGAUUUUUCUCUCUUUAUUUUUUUCUUUUACAAUUCUGAUGUGGAGGGUGAAUUUAUAAUUAUAUGUAAAUUGUAUGAUUUUGUUAGUUUGUGAAUGUGUAUGUUGGGGCUAGUGAUUUU